AUGAAUCCGUCGUCGGUGGGAAUCUGGUGCAAUCCACCACCCCCAGGCACCGACGAGGACCUGUCCAAUAGCUCGGCCAAAGAGAGCCCCGAGCGGGCCAUAGACCGAAUCGACCCGUUCCUAAAGAGCGAGGAGGAGGAGGAGGCGGAAGAGGACGACGAGGAGCCCUCCAACGAGAACCAGUUCAAAAACGACGGCACUUUCAUGGAGAUGUUCAAAAAGAUGCAGGAGGAGCAGAAAAAGAACCAGGAGGCGGCGGCGGCCGAGCCCAAGGCCCCCUUGCCCGUUUUCGGCAAGCGGAGGGGCGGCAAGGUCCUCAAAACUGGGAUGGUGCAGAAAACCAAAACGAUGACUCAGGAAGAGAGCGAUGCUCAAGAUGCGUGGACUUUGUAUAUGAAAGAAGUCAAAAGAUACAAAGAAGCGUGUUGUGAUGACGAUUCCAAGACGAGGCUACUCGUUAAAUAG